AUAUAAAAAAGCAGGUAGCCCUAAAUUGUGGUGUUCGGAAGAGGCAGCAGCAGAAGAUAAGAAGGAAGACGAAACGAAACUGCCUUCCCCUGGGGAAGACUAAUAAUCUAACUAUUCGAUUCACACCCGACCCGAUUUAUACAUCCAGAGAGAUUUGUAUCUAGAGAGAGAAAGAGUGAGGGACUUUCUCUCUCUACCAAUGGACUCUUCUUCUACCAACGUCUCAUCUCAACCACAACCGUCCGCUGAUGCCGCCGUCGAUCCCUUCCUGGUUGAGGCUCUUCAGAACCCUCGUCAUCGUCUCACCAUCCUUCGGAUGGAACUUGAUAUUCAAAACUUUCUGAAAAAUUCUGAUCAACAACAGUUUGAGUUCCAACAUUUUCCGACUUCUUACCUCCGUCUUGCAGCACACCGUGUUGCUCAACAUUAUGGUCUGCUUACUGUCGUUCAAGAUAAUUCUUUAGAUGGUCAAGGAACAAAAAUUGUUGUGAAGAGGCUGGCAGAUAGUAAUUACCCUGAUGUCUGUUUGUCGGAGAUACCUGUAAAACAAUCUGACAGUGAGAAGCUUGAGCAGAAAAAAAUUGUCAUAAGACCAAGGCCUAAAGCCUCUUCCAGUGGAUCUAGUGAGUUGGGGAAACGAAGUUCUGUACGAACUGUGGAAGAGAGGAAGGAAGAGUAUGACAGGGCAAGAGCUCGUAUAUUUAGCGGUCCUAAUAGUCCUGAGUCAGAAAGCACAGUGCCUCGGGUGCCUCUGGAGGUGAAGAAAGAAAAUUAUUCAGUGGAUGAAAGUGAAGCUAUAGGUUGUGGUGUCAAUGACUUUGACAGGAACUUUAGCGGCAGGGAUGGUGGUGCUCCUUCACGAGUGGCCAUUUUCAGAGAUAGGGAGAAGGAUCGGUCAGAUCCAGAUUAUGAUCGAAGCUACAAUAGGUAUGUCAGGAAUAUUCCCAACACUCAAAACCUGAACUUGGCACCUAUCAACAUGCAGACAUUUCAGCCUCCAUAUCUGCAUUAUGAUUCUCUUAUGCCUCACAUGGGACAGCUGCCAAGUGCUCAUGCUUCCAUUGGGUACAGGAGUCCUGUCAUGAACCCCUACUGUGCUAUUGGACCAAAUCAGACAUCAAGAGAUACUGUCUACAUGCAAUGGCCGUCUCAUGCAAUGAUGUAUCCGCAGCCAUAUGAUCAGUUUAGGCAUGCUGUUUUUCAGGCUCCAUUGUGUCAGCAGCCGCUGAGUUUUGAAUACUCCCAACACCUCUGAAAUUCUGUGGUAGCUUCAGAAGGGGACUAAACUGAUUCUUAUCAUCAUCUCUAUUUAUUUAGGGAUCCUCUUUUAGACUCAUUGUCAAGGAAUUUUUCUUUUUAGAUUUCUUAUUGAAGAACUUUAGUGUCUUACUUUUCGUUUUCUGGAUCUGAGACAUGAGAGGGAUGGAGAGGAAAUAUAUUAAAAUACAUUACUCCAAAAUACAUGUAUUAUCUGUAGAAUUACUAAAUGCAACUCUUUAUUUGGCUA